AUGAACCCAAGCAUCUCGAUUCCUGACCGUCUCCCGGUCUUGCCACUCCCAUAUCCGCUCGUGCUGCAUCCCAACCUCCUCCUCUCCAUCAACAUCUCCUAUGCACACUCGCUCAGCCUGCUCAAGGCCGCCCUACAGUACUCGGCGCUCAAGGAUGGCGUCGAGUCCAACAACGAUGCCUCUUCUCGUCAAUUGGGCCGCUCGCGUCUCGACUCGAACAAGCCCAUCAUCAUCGCUUGUGUUCCCACCAUGAUCGCUCCUAAGGGCACUGCCUCGGCCGACAAGCCAGCAUCCCGUGCCACCAACCCAGCGUUGCCCACCGACUCCAAUCCGCGCAACAUCACCACCUCCGAAGACAACAACACUCGCAUGCGCAUCAACGACCUCUACGACUGGGGUUGCGCCGCCCGCCUGAUGCGCUUGAUUCGCAACCCUCAGACUCAGACAUGCACCCUUCUCGUCUCAGGUCUCACGCGUGUCCGCGUCGACCGAUGGCUCUCUAUCCGUGCUCCGCUCACCGCCACCACCAUCGACCCCAAGAGCAACCUUGCCAUUCCCGACGUGCCCAUCCCGCUUGCCACUGUCACUGCCUUUGUCGAUGAAGAGGCUUGGCCCACAUUCCCCGAGGCUUCUCCCGGCGAUAUCGACCUCGUCGUCCGCCUCAAGAAGGCUUCUGCAGAAUUGAUUGAAGCCAUUGCACAGCUCAAUCCUCCCACAGAUGGAUCAACUCACACUCCCUCUCCCAUCGUUGCGCCCGCACUGCCUCUUCUGCCUGCCAACCUGCUCAAGAAGCUUCGCGGCUUCAUGCAAGACUGUCGCGAGUCGCAAGCUGCCCUCCUCGCCGACAUUGUCGUCGGUACUCUCGGUGGCGCCUGCGAGUGGUCCGAUCGUGUCGCCAUCCUCGGCGAUUGGGACCAGCGGGAGCGAGUUCGUCAUUCUGUCGAUCUCAUCCAGAAUGGUGUCAAGCGCGUCAAGCUGGCACGCGAGCUUCUCACCACCCUCGCUUCUCCGCUCAACCCUACCAACAAGGAAAACGUCAUCCGCUCUCAACUCGAGGCCUUGCUCAAUCAGCUCGCCGCGCUCAAUCAGGGCGUUGCUGCACGCAUCUCGGCCAUCACCUCCAACACGGGCGACAAGGACGACGGCAAGUCGGGCGGUGGCAUCAUCAUUCGCGCUCCUCCUUCCCGCAACAACACCAACAACGACAACGGAAACGGUACCAUCAUUUCCGGUCCUCUAGGUGGACGUCGAGGCGGCAAACCUAGUAUCAAGGGUAUGCCCGCUGGCGGUCUCCCCGCAUCCAACGGAGGCGAUGACGACGAGGAUGAAGUGGCCGAGCUGGCCAAGAAGCUCGAACAGGCACGUCUCAGCCCAGAAGCGCGCAAAGCUUGCGACAAGGAGCUCAAGCGCCUCUCGCGGAUCCCACAGCAGAGCGUUGAGCGAGGCGUCGUCAUCACCUACCUCGAAAUCAUGGCCGAGCUGCCAUGGGAGAAGAUCAGUGCCGACGUUGAGCCCACGCGGUAUCCCGACGACAAAGCUCUCGUUUUGCACGAAAGGAGCACCGCCGCCGCCUCUGCUGAGCCUGAGCAAGAGGGUAUCGUCGACCGCGCUCGACGCAUCCUCGAUGCGGAUCACUACGGUCUCGAAAAGGUCAAGAAGCGUCUCAUCGAGUACCUGGCGGUGCUCGAACUCAAGACCAACCAAGCGCGCGAACGUUUCGAAGCCGAGGAGGCCGCCGAGCGCAGGACAAGCGAGGAACGACACAAAGCCACCCCCUCUGCAUCCACCGACGAGGCGGCUGCUGCUGGCGGCGACGACGACGACGCUGCUCUGUCGGGCAAUUACGAAGAAGGGGAGGAUCUCGUCGCGAGGGAACAGGGUAUCUCCAAAGAAGAGAUCGAAGAGGAAAAGCGUCGUCGUCGCAACGAAAAGCUGCGCGUUGGCGACAAGGGCCCCAUCCUGCUGCUCGUCGGUCCACCAGGGACAGGUAAGACGUCCAUCGCCAAGUCGCUCGCCUCGGCCCUUCAACGUCCUUUCACUCGGCUUUCGCUCGGUGGUGUGCGAGACGAGGCCGAAAUCCGCGGUCAUCGGCGCACCUACGUCGGAGCCAUGCCCGGCUCCAUCGUGUCGUCUCUACGCAAAGUGGGUGUUUCGGAUCCCGUGGUCCUGCUCGACGAGGUGGACAAAUUGGGAAGCGGCAACGGCUUGCACGGUGACCCCAUGGCGGCCAUGCUCGAAGUGCUCGAUCCGGAGCAGAACCACACGUUCAGCGACCACUACAUCAAUGUGCCCAUCGACCUCAGCCGCGUGCUGUUCAUCGCGACUGCCAACUCGCUCGACACCAUCUCGCCGCCUCUGCUCGACCGUACUGAGGUGAUUCAUAUCUCGGGAUACACGCACGAUGAAAAGACGGCCAUCGCUCGCCAGUACCUGCUGCCCAAGCAGAUCAAGGCGCAGGGUCUCACGCCAGACCAGCUGGUUAUCUCGGAUGAAGUGCUGCUCAAGGUCGCCAUGGGCUACACGCGCGAGGCGGGUGUUCGAACGCUGGAGCGUGAGAUUGGUGCGCUAGCACGCGCCAAAGCUGUAGAGUACUCGCAGUCCAAGAAGGGCACACUUCAAGAUGAGCAGGGCAACGCCAAGGAGUACGACCCGGUCAUUCGCGAGGCGGACUUGGAGAAGUACCUUGGACCCGAUACGUACGAGCCCGAGGUGGCCGAGGCCAACGCGCGUCCUGGCGUGUCGACGGGCUUGGCGUACCAAGGCUCCGGCUCUGGCGGUAUCCUGCACAUCGAGUCGCUGCUGCUUCCGCCGGGCAGUGGCUACCUCAAGCUGACCGGCUCGCUGGGCGAUGUCAUCCGCGAGUCGGCCGAGUUAGCCCUGUCGUGGGUCAAAGGCAAUGCUUUCCAGCUGGGCAUUGUGCAUACGCGCGAUUCCGAGUUCCCCAAGAACGACAUCCACUUGCACUUGCCCUCCGGCUCUAUCCCCAAGGACGGGCCCUCUGCCGGUGUCGCCAUGACGUGUGCGCUGGUGAGUCUGUUCACCAAGACGGCCAUCUCGCCUUACCUGGCCAUGACGGGCGAGGUGACGCUGCGCGGCGUGGUGAUGCCUGUGGGUGGCAUUCGCGAGAAGCUAACCGGUGCAUCACGGGCGGGGAUCCGCAAGGUGUUGCUGCCGCACCGCAACCGCAAGGACGUCGAGGCGGAUCUGCCUCAGAAGGUGCGCGACCAGCUGGAGAUCAAGUAUGUCAAGACCGUAUGGGAGGCCAUGGAGGCGGCGUUCGGAAACAAGCUGUUUGAGAACGCAGCGCUCGCUCUCGAGGCGAACGGAUACGGCCACGAGCACGAGGGCAUUCGUGAGGGUCGUCGUCUGAUGCACGAGAUGGAAGAUUCUCGUUUGUAG